CAUUCUUUGUUUACUACUAAAUGAAACAAAAAAAACAAUAAAAACAUGUCCCAUCUUACCUCACCCAACAGUACAGUACUACAUAAACAGCCGAACGACAAGUGUAAAAAAGUUCUAAGAACUGCAGAAUUCCUAAAAAAUAACGAGCGAAAUAAAAACCCACGCAACGACUGUUUAAUGAACCAUGUUAUUGCUUGCAAGAUAUGCAAAUAAUUUUUCAAACCUUAUCUGUUCAAAAAGUUGUGCAAAGGUUGCAAGACAAAGGUUACCAAGCAGUGUAUGCUGAGUGUGGUGUUUAUCAGUCAAUUUGGUUACAAAAUUUGAUUUGGUUUAACCAUUAAGAUAUGAAGUUUCAAAGAAUUCUAUUUCAUGGGUUAAGAAAAAACUAUAGAAUUUAUUACAAGAUUGUCAGUAUACCGAUUAAAGGGGUAAAUCACAUUCCCAUGGUUUGAAACAGAUCAUUAAAGUGUAUUUACAAGAUAUUAUAAAAUAUGUUACAGAAACUACAAGUCAAAGUAAUCUAAUCUAAAUAUUUAUUUUGCUCCUGAUGAUGUACUCUCAACUUAAACGUGCGCCGUGUUUAAAGUUGUACCGCAUAUGUAUUGCAAGGUUAAUUAGCAAACCGACGAAUGCUCUGACAAAGUUCUAUACAUGAAUAAUAAACAUCGAUAAAAAUGGAUCAUUCGCAACAAACAAGAGACGCCCUGUGGGCUGCAGCAGAGACAGCUAUAGCAAUGGAAGAAACAUCAAAAUCCAUUUCUGGAGUGAAUUUAUCAUUUGACAAAGAUACAGAUUCCGGUUCCGAACCUGAUUCCCAACCUGGAAUCUGUCCGACCUGCAAUCAAAAGAUUGUAACAGACCAACCAACAAGCGAUGACGGCAUAGACAUUGCUGAAGUUGCUGAAACUGCUGGUAAUGUUUUGAGCUGCUGCGCUAAACUGAUUGAUUGUCUUAAUAGUGUCAGCGAAUUGGCUGCUUGAGGCGGUACAGCAAUGAAGAAGACAGUAUAUCAAAAUAUUCUUAAUUACUUAUUGUUAUAAAAGCUAUAAACUGUCACUCAUAUUUUGAAUGAUAAUAUGAUGUUAUUCUUGCAUAUACGCUAUAUGAAUAAAACAUAUGAACCGAAUCGAGAGUUUUAUAAUAAGGAUAGAUAGAAAUAGGUUAGUUCUCUAGGUCACCACCUCACG